GAAAAUCACUCCCUAACCUUCAAACUUUUGUUUUAAAAUUAAUCUGUUUUCUACAGUUGGACAGUGUUUAUGGUUGGUCUGUUUUGUCAUUGAGAACAGAGAGAAGAGAGAAAAAGAGAGAUGGAGAAGAAGAAGAAGAGCAUACACGAAGUGGGAGCGGAGGAUUUGGUGGAGGCAGGUUUACACAUUGAUGAGGCCAAAGCCUUGGAAAGGGUCCUUAGAGAUUCUAUCUCCGGAUCGGACCCAAGAGAGGUUUGGCGGCGGUUGGUGAGUCAGAGAGUGCUAAAACCAUCAUACCCACAUGCCCUGCACCAAUUGAUUUACUACUCCGUCUAUGCUGAUUGGGAUGUCUCCUCUAGAGGCCCUCCUCUAUACUGGUUUCCUUCUCUAUAUCAGUCUAAACGUACAAACUUGGGACGUAUCAUGGAGAAGCAUGGUUCAAAGCUUUUGGGGUCCUCAUAUAAGGACCCUAUUACAAGUUUUAGCCUCUUCCAGAAAUUCUCUGUACAGCGUCCUGAGGCUUAUUGGGAAAUCCUUGUUAAAGAGCUCUCUGUUUCAUUCCAUCAAGCACCAAAAUGUAUAUUAGACAGAACUGACAAAUCGAAACAUGGAGGAACAUGGCUUCCUGGUUCGGUUCUGAAUAUUGCUGAAUGUUGCUUGCUACCAACUUCACAUCCAAGAAAAACCGAUGAUAGUUUGGCAAUUGUAUGGAGAGAUGAAGGUUUUGAUGAUUCCAAUGUAAACCAUAUGACACUAAAGGAACUUCGGGAACAAGUAAUGUUGGUAGCUAAUGCAUUGGAUGCAAUGUUUUCAAAGGGUGAUGCAAUUGCAAUUGACCUGCCGAUGACAGUCAAUGCGGUUAUUAUAUAUUUGGCAAUUAUAUUAUCCGGAUGUGUUGUUGUAUCUAUAGCUGACAGCUUUGCCGCAAAGGAGAUUGGAACCCGGUUGAAUGUGUCCAAAGCAAAGGCUAUCUUUACCCAGGAUUUCAUACUGAGAGGAGGUCGAAAGUUUCCUCUUUACAGUCGAGUUGUAGAAGCUGUUCCACCUAAAGCUAUUGUGCUACCUGUACUAGGGGACCAUUUGGGCAUUCAGUUACGAGAACAGGAUUUGUCAUGGAAAGAUUUUCUUUCUAGUGUUAAUCACCAUUCAAGACCAAAUUAUUAUUCUCCAAUCUAUCAACCAAUAGACUCAGUGACAAAUAUACUAUUUUCAUCUGGAACUACAGGAGAACCAAAAGCUAUUCCAUGGACACAACUUUCACCAAUUCGAUGUGCAGCUGAUUCAUGGGCUCACAUUGAUAUCCAAGUUGGUGAUGUUUGUUGCUGGCCAACAAAUUUAGGAUGGGUGAUGGGUCCAAUAUUACUUUACUCAUGCUUUCUAUCUGGUGCAACUCUGGCUCUUUACCAUGGAUCACCUCUAGGCCAUGGUUUCGGAAAAUUUGUCCAGGAUGCAGGAGUGACUAUUUUGGGUACAGUUCCAAGCCUUGUAAAAGCUUGGAAGAGUACACAGUGUAUGAAAGGUCUUGACUGGACAAAAAUAAAAUCAUUUUCUUCCACUGGUGAAGCAUCUAAUGUUGAUGAUGAUCUUUGGCUUUCUUCACAAGCUUAUUAUAAACCCAUUAUUGAAUGUUGCGGAGGGACAGAGCUCGCAUCUUCAUACAUACAAGGAAGUCCACUGCAGCCACAAGCUUUUGGGACAUUUAGCACAGCAUCAAUGACAACAGGAUUUGUCAUCUUUGAUGAACACGGAAUUCCUUAUCCAGAAGAUGAAGCAUGCACUGGUGAAGUGGGUUUGAUCCCUAUAUACAUGGGAGCAACUGAUAGGUUGCUAAAUGCUGACCAUGAAAAAGUUUACUUUAAGGGAAUGCCACUGUACAAAGGAAUGUGCCUCAGGAGACAUGGAGACAUUAUUAAGAGAACUGUUGGAGGCUUUUUCAUUGUACAAGGCAGGGCUGAUGACACCAUGAAUCUCGGUGGCAUCAAGACAAGUUCUGUUGAAAUCGAACGAGUCUGUGACAGGGCUGAUGAAAGUAUCAUGGAGACAGCUGCAAUAAGCGUGGCGCCAGUGAAUGGGGGUCCAGAGCAGUUGAUCAUAUUUGUGGUAUUAAAGAAAGGAUAUAAUGCAGAACCAGACAAGCUGAAGAUCAAAUUCUCAAGAGCCAUUCAUAGCAGCCUCAAUCCUUUGUUUAAGGCGGCGCUUGUGAAGAUUGUUCCGGAGUUCCCUCGAACAGCCUCAAACAAGUUGCUGAGGAGAGUUCUUAGAGAACAAAUCAAGCGCGAGAUUUAUUUUCAGAGCAAAAUUUAGUUAACAGCAUAUAUAUAUAUAUAUAUAUGUUAUCAUCCGCGGCAAUAGAGUUCAUUCCUUUCCUUUUCUUUGUGGAUGAAUAAGAGAAACAUGUGCCUAGAAUGAUCAGUGUAUUAUAUAUAUAUAUAUAUAUCAGGAAAGUGAAUAAAUAUGUUAAUGUUUUAUGCA